UCAACCUCUGUGCAGCUGGCUGUUGCUUCAGGUAUCAGCUUCCUACAGUCAGACAGUGGCAGUUCAUUUUGGCUUCUUGAGACAGAGAGAAUCAAUUUCAAUAAAGUAAUGGAGAUACAGCCUGAACGAGAAUCAGGAAGAGGCCCUGAGGUCACACAAAAUGGGCUGAGUAUCAGGAUCAGGGGCCUGGAGCCCAAGAAAGUGCUGGAAGUCUAUGUGAAACGCAGCUUAAGUCUGAGGGAAGGAGACAUCGCCAACCGAGAAGUCAAACGCAGGCAGACAUUCCCCGUAAAGAAGUCAGAGAAGGGGACACUCAGCCCAGCAAGGGGGCAGAGCAGCACACAGGAAGAACUAACUAUAUCAGCCUCCAAAAACCGAGGAAGUGGAGAAGAGGCCAGCGCUGCGGUCAGUAACUGUCUGAGCUCUGAGGAUGGGCCGGGGAAAGAUGGGAAAAAGGGGAAGAAGCCUCAAACAUUUCUGGGAAAGUUCGUAAGUUUCCUGUGGAAGAGAAGAAGUGAAGAGAGGAAAGAGGCGGGAUGCAAAGGCUCAAAGGAAUCCAUCCCUGACGGGUGUCUCCAGGGAGGGCAGAAUGGGGGCAGCAGGGAGCUGUUUGAAGGUCACAAACACAUUGGCACCAGCACUGGCACUCACAAGGCAAAGAUUCGCAAGAGGAGGAGCAUUAGAAGAGUUUUCUCCUUUAAGAGAAGCAGCACCGAAGAGAGUAAGGGAUCUACACCCAGAAAUGUGACAGGGGCCAGGAAAAUACCAGCUAAACCCACUCAGCUGGAUUUGAGAGACGUCUACACACCCAGCAAUGGGCAAACAGAUCCGAAGCCAGAGUAUUUGUACGAACAGGUAUCAGAAGAGAUGGAACAGAUCGUCCGUGCUCACGAACCUGGAGUUUUCAAGCUUAAAGGAUCCCAGACCAGCAGCGCAGCAGAUUCUGCAGACGAUGAGACAAUCAGGAAAAUCGUUGGAUUUCUCAGGAAGGAAGGCGACCGCAUGGAUGCAGUGCUAAAAGAAAAUGCUGAAUUUUCCACUUUCUUCAAAGAAAUGAACUACGUUUCCUUCAAGCAGUUGGCUGACCAAUAUGUCCAAACAGAAGUGAACACAAAGACUGAUCGGAAUCCUGAGGUCACCAGGUUUGCUUUCACACUGGACUUAACUGCGAAGGUGGCUGGUGUCUGUGGCCAUGCGGUCAACCGUAUCAUGGGCUACGGGACUCAGUACGUCCAGGACAGCUUCGAGAGGACCUCCAGACACUGGCAAGAAGUAGAAAAUGAAAUUCAAAGCCCAGACUGAAGAUAGCACCUUGGAUGAACAAUUGAACACUGAGGUCAUGGACUCAGGGAUGAAUUCUGCUCCACAGUGCCCAAGGACACAGCUUAGACACAUCCACCUCUGGACCCAUAAGCUGACACAGGAACAUCCUUGUGACUGAGAAACGACUUGAAAUGGUACAAUGUGCUACCAUCAACUUUCCAUAUGGACUUGACUUGACCUUACCUCAUGCUUUACUGAGCCCUCACUUCAUACCUCUUCUUAUUCCUGUCGAGGGAUGAAACCUCCAGCCUCCAGCACAAUAACCUUGUGAUGGACUGAGCCAGGAAUGAGCCCUGGAACCCAGCCCAGCACAGGGAUGGCUUUGUUCCACUGUUCAGUGUGUUUUCUCACUGGUUUCACAUCUCUUCAUUGUAUCAGUCAAACUAUAUUGUCCUAGAAUGUCAGUCACUAUGUAGGUGGACACAGUAAUUGAGCAGAUCUUGUGGAAAAUUGGAUGUAGCAAAGGGGUGGAUGGUCCAAACCUAUUCCCGGCACAAAGGAAAACCCAUGAUUGCCGCGUGAUUUGAACCGGAUGUAGUCCUCAGCCUGUUGUAUCCCAAUGUGUGUAUGGAAACUGAUGGCCAAUGAAUGUGGGAUUGAACCUCUGAUAAAACAUCACAGGGGAUUGAGUUGUAUUAAUUCCCCACAGUGCGAGUCAGAUGGAUUCCACAUUCAGAGGGCUGUCGUACAGAUUUCCACUUGUGUGUUUUUCCUUUGGGUGUAGAUACGUUUUAGCAGAAGUUCCUUUUGGUAUUUUGCAUUCAUCUAUUGUACAUAGAGGUUAUGAUCAGUGUUGUAUGAAUAUUGGACAAUAUUAUGUUUGGUGUGAAAGGAUCCUGUAGCAAUGGUCAACAAGCCAAGAGGCUGAAGGAAGUGUAGAGGAAUGAGAACUGGCAAUGUGAGAGCCCCAAGGUGAUACAUGGAAGCAACUCAUGUUAACCCAUUCUGACCUUGCACUCGAAUAGACCAGACUUUUGGGAUUUACAACAUUUGGGAUAUACAAAAACUGUGUUGAAUAAGGCCAAUAUAGUCAUUUACUGGUGUGAAAACGGAGACUGUUGUAAGAUAUAUAGAUAUAGAAAAUGUUUAUCUUUUGAAUAUUUAAAAUAACUUUAUGAAUGACUUGAAAAUGUUGAAAAUAGUAUUAAUAAUCCUUGCAUUUGAUACAGAGCCUUAUCACAGAAUGUA